CGGGGCUGCGGCGCAGGAAAGGGCCCUGGGAAAGGGCGGCGGCGGUGCCCCUGAGGCGGGGCCGGGGCGGGGCCGGGGCGGGGCCCGACUUCCCGACUGGGAGCCCUAGCCGCGGGGCUGAGACCGGGCAGCCUGCGUUCGCCAUGAAGCGACCCAAGGAGCCGAGCGGCUCCGACGGCGAGUCCGAUGGACCCAUUGACGUGGGCCAAGAGGGCGAGCUGAGCCAGAUGGCCAGGCCGCUGUCCACCCCCAGCCCUUCACAGAUGCAAGCCAGGAAGAAACGCAGAGGGAUCAUAGAGAAACGGCGUCGAGACCGCAUUAACAGUAGCCUGUCUGAAUUGCGACGCUUGGUCCCCACUGCCUUUGAGAAACAGGGCUCUUCCAAGCUGGAGAAAGCCGAGGUCUUACAGAUGACGGUGGAUCACUUGAAAAUGCUCCAUGCCACUGGCGGGACAGGAUUCUUUGAUGCCCGAGCCCUGGCAGUUGACUUCCGGAGCAUUGGUUUUCGAGAGUGCCUCACCGAGGUCAUCAGGUACCUGGGUGUCCUUGAAGGGCCCAGCAGCCGUGCAGACCCCGUUCGGAUUCGCCUUCUUUCCCACCUCAACAGCUACGCAGCCGAGAUGGAGCCUUCGCCCACACACACUGGCCCCCUGGCCUUCGCUGCCUGGCCCUGGUCUUUCUUCCAUAGCUGCCCGGGGCUGCCAGCCCUGAGCAACCAGCUCACCAUCCUGGGAAGAAUGCCCAGCCCUGUCCUGCCCAGCGCCUGCUCUCCUGCUUACCCCAUCCCAGCCCUCCGAACCGCUCCCAUUCGCAGAGCCACAGGCAUCAUCCUGCCAGCCCGGAGGAAUGUGCUGCCCAGUCGAGGGGCAUCUUCCACCCGGAGGGCCCGCCCCCUAGAGAGGCCAGCGACCCCUGUGCCUGUAGCCCCCAGCAGCAGGGCUGCCAGGAACAGCCACGUCACUCCCCUCCUGCGAUCUUCCUCCCCCACACCCCCUGGUCCUACAGGGUCCGCUGCUUACGUGGCUGUUCCCGCCCCCAACUCAUCCUCCCCAGGGCCAGCUGGGAGGCCAGGGGGAGCCAUGCUCUACCACUCCUGGGUCUCUGAAAUCACUGAAAUCGGGGCUUUCUGAGCUGCCCCUUCACCACCCCGCCCCCAGGAAUAAGGAAGGUUCUUUUACCAGGAGCCCGAAAAAGGGCACUGUCUUUUCUGCUUUGCUUCCUGGACUGGCUCAUAUGUGAAGGCACAUUCUCCAGCCAUCAGAGGCCCCCUCCUCCUCCAGCCCAUCUUUCCUCCUCGCUGUUAUCCCAGCUUAUCCACCCAGCUCUCCUGGAGCUGUUCUGGUCUCAGAGGCUUGGUUCCAUUCCUCACCUGCACAGAUGAGUCCUGGGAGUGACCCUCAGAGCUGCGCCCAGGUCCCUCUCCUGCCCUCUGCACACCAGCAGCAGGCAUGAACCUUGGGUCUGGGAAAAAGCUUUAACCCGAAGGGCACCAGGACCCAAGGCAGGCUGUUCCUUGGAGCGGUCAGACCCCAGUCAGGAGCAAUGACUGACUGGCUGCAGCCUUCCCACGCCAAGAGGCUGGAACAUAGUGUCUGCCUCGCUUCCUGGAGAUAGUAAUUGAGCAGGGGCCACAAAGAGGUCUCCUGGGAACCCUGUCUGCCCCUGCCCACCUGUCCUUGGGCCACACCAUCACACUGAACCACAGGACAGACCCUUUCUCCACCACAGCCAAGGCCUGGAGACUGGGGGCCCAGCAGAGCCUGCUCCCACCCUCCUCCCAGCAGCAGACACCCACC